AGAGAGGCUGCGGUGGCGGGAGAGACCCCUCUCCUCUCGGGGGAAGUGGCUGGCGCGGCGAGUGUCGGCGGCGCGCUUCUGCGGCCAUCUGCGCCCUGACUGACCGCAGCCAGUUCCUCGAGGAGGCCCGGAGGGAAGGAUUUCAAUGGAUAUUAUAAAGGGAAACCUAGAUGGAAUUUCAAAACCAGCUUCAAAUUCAAGAAUACGCCCUGGGAGCAGAAGUUCCAAUGCUUGUUUGGAGGUGCUCUCAACAGAACCAGGAUCCUUCAAGGGCAGUACUGCAAGCAACUUGAACUCUGGAAAAGAGGACCACUCCGAAAGCAGUAAUACAGAGAACAGAAGAACUAGUAAUGAUGAUAAGCAGGAAAGCUGCUCUGAGAAAAUAAAAUUGGCUGAAGAGGGAUCAGAUGAAGAUCUGGAUUUGGUUCAACAUCAGAUAAUCCCUGAGUGUUCAGAUGAACCCAAAUUAAAGGAAUUAGAUUCUCAACUUCAAGAUGCUAUUCAGAAGAUGAAAAAACUUGAUAAAAUAUUGGCAAAGAAACAACGCAGAGAAAAAGAAAUUAAGAAGCAAGGUCUAGAAAUGAGAAUAAAGCUGUGGGAAGAAAUUAAGUCUGCAAAAUAUAGUGAAGCUUGGCAAAGUAAAGAGGAGAUGGAAAAUACAAAAAAAUUUUUAUCUUUGACUGCUGUUUCUGAAGAAACUGUUGGUCCUUCUCAUGAGGAGGAAGACCGCUUUUCCUCAGUGUUUCAUACUCAAAUCCCUCCAGAAGAAUAUGAAAUGCAGAUGCAGAAACUCAAUAAAGAUUUUACCUGUGAUGUGGAAAGAAAUGAGUCGUUGAUCAAAUCAGGAAAGAAACCUUUCUCAAAUACAGAAAAGAUUGAGCUCAGGGGUAAACACAGCCGGGAUUUUAUUAAGAGAAACAUUGAGUUGGCCAAGGAAUCAAGAAACCCAGUGGUUAUGGUUGACAGAGAGAAGAAAAGGCUGGUUGAGCUUUUGAAGGACUUGGAUGAGAAAGAUUCCGGGCUCUCCAGUUCUGAGGGUGAUCAGUCUGGCUGGGUGGUCCCAGUAAAAGGGUAUGCACUCGCAGUCACCCAGCAUCAGCAGCUUGCUGAAAUUGAUAUAAAACUGCAAGAACUCUCUGCAGCCUCCCCAACAAUUUCCAGUUUUUUUCCAAGACUUGAAAAUCGGAAUAAUCAGGAACCUGACCGCGAUGGUGAAAGAAAUAUGGAAGUGACUCCAGGAGAAAAGGUACUUAGGAACACCAAAGAGCAACGCGAUCUGCAUAAUCGGCUGAGAGAGAUUGAUGAAAAGCUGAAAAUGAUGAAGGAAAAUGUGUUAGAAUCCACAUCACAUCUCUCUGAAGAACAGUUAAAGUGUCUUCUGGAUGAAUGCAUACUUAAACAAAAAUCCGUCAUUAAACUUUCUUCAGAAAGAAAAAAUGAAGACAUUGAGGACGUAACACCUGUGUUCCCCCAGCUUUCCAGGUCCAUCAUCUCUAAAUUGCUAAAUGAAUCAGAAACAAAGGUCCAGAAAACUGAGGUAGAAGAUGCAGAUAUGCUUGAGAGUGCAGAAUGUGAAGCUUCUAAAGGCUACUAUCUCACUAAAGCCUUGACUGGACAUAACAUGUCAGAAGCUCUUGUCACUGAAGCAGAGAAUAUGAAAUGCCUUCAGUUCUCCAAGGAUGAUAUUAUUAGUGACAGAAAAGACUAUUUUAUGUCGAAGACUCUUGGCAUUGGGAGACUGAAAAGGCCAUCCUUCUUAGAUGAUCCACUGUAUGGUAUCAGUGUGAGCCUUUCAUCAGAAGACCAACAUCUGAAACUCAGUUCUCCAGAGAAUACAAUAGCAGAUGAGCAGGAGACUAAAGAUGCAGCAGAAGAAUGUAAAGAAUCCUAAUAAGGACUUGCUGGGUGUGCUUUUAAGAAAGUUGGUAAUGAAGUUAAAGUAAAUUUUUCAUUGAAUUAUUUGAAUUCAAUGAAUGCACUGCAGAGACUAUUCUUUAUUGAUUUUGACAUUUGGAGUCGCUCUUUGUGGAUUAUAUUUCCUUGAUAUUUUUGAGACUUGGGGUGUAAUUGUUCAAUGGUUUUUGCUCAUUAAAAUUUUUGGGACCAUUGUUUAUAAA